UUGGCGCUUCAAAUUCAAAGUUCAAACAGACAAAAAAAAAUUGGUCAGCGCGACUCAGUAGCAACUCAGUGCUCUCCAUCUUCGCCGUCUUCUCCUCUCAUCCUCAGCUUCUCCUCGGUGACCGAUUCGGUGCCGGAACAAUCGAAUUCUCAGUUCCGGGAAUUCGUCCGCUCGUCAUUCCGCUGUUGCUGCCAUUGUCUGUUUCGCGAAUUAGGGUUUCUUCUCUUUCUCUCCCUACGCGGAACCGAUUCGAAAUCUCUCUCUCUCUCCUCGUCGCUUCGUCUCUUGUCGAAAAUGCCGAAGCGGAAAGCUAAGAGGAACGUGAAGAAAGCUGUGCCGCCGCCGCAAGAACCUGAUGGCGGCAACGAAAGUGAGCUCCCGCGAGCUGAAGAGAAGAAACCAGAGUCGUCGCUUGACCUGGAAGUUCAGCGGCAGGUUGCAGCAAUUAGGGCAAUACGCGACAUGGAGAUCGAACAUUCGCUAACUGCUUUGCGUCUGCUACGUUCGAAUUUCACUGAGGAGCAACUGGAUACCCCUGUGCUUGAGAUUUUCAAGGAGAAUUUCCCGAACCUGUCAAUAGUAAAGAGCAGCGAAGCCGGUCAGUUUGAACUCCAAUGGAAAGACAAAGGUGAUGAUUCUUCUCUGCCCCAAGUAGCUGGUGGAGAAGAAGACGUACAUGAUUCUCUUCUCCGGGGUUUGUCCAUGGCGUAUCCUAGCUGCUCUGAUGUUCCAUCUCUUGGUGCUUUUGAGUUACCUAGCCAUACAGUGACAAAAAGUGUAUUUGGUACUGAGAGCAUGCAGAUGGACGACUUUAUCUUGGAGGGUCAAUCCAAUUUCAAUAUGCUCUCGAUGCAAGAUGGUCUCCAAACACCAGGGGCUACCAGUCAGAGACUCUCUGUGGGGAUGACACCCAAAACUUUAAGACUGCCUAAGCAUGGUGAAAUGCUUCUCUCGGUUCGUGGCUCGCCCCUUGGUGUCUACAAAGAAGACAACAUGGAAGCAAUACGAGAAUCUGAAGAGGACUGAACUACUACUGCAAGUGUAUUUCGGUGUUUGGAGCUAAGAAUGCUGUGCAAUCUCAAGUUUCUAGGCUAUAUGUACAGAAAUUACAAUUGAUCUCUCCUACUACAACAAAAAAAAAAAAAUAUACUUCAUCACUCUAUAACACUAAGGAAGCUCGAGCCAUCACUCUGUUUAUCUCUGUUAACGUGAAGGAUCUCGAGUUCAUCCUGCUUCAUCAGCCAGCUUCACCUGUGUAACUGCAUUUGCUCUUGGUUUUGAAUGUUGAUGUUGGUAACUUCUCAAGCUAUUAACACCUGAACUUGACAGCUUGAUUCUAGCAUAUCAAUAACAUUGGGAAAAAGACCUAUUGUAUCCAUCUCCUAGUCCACAAGAUCAACUUCUUGCUGUAAAUUGAUCUCUUUCUAUCCUAGUUGAAUUCCUGAGCUUAAAGCAAGCUUGCUAAACAUCUUAAGACUCUUCACAGCAUUUUGCGAAUUCCGCGAUCUCCUAUUCGACACUGAAUCUUUCGCACAAGUCGGGAGAAGCAAUUAUGCUUAACUGUGUAUCUCGUUCAUGAUUUUUAUCAAACUGCUUCUGCUUGUCGAUUGAAUUAAGAAGCUUCAAGGUCCUAAUGUCUGGCUUACAACGAAAUCAUCACAUUCAGCCACAUCCAACACUUCCCUUCUCUUAACAACCCUUUGAACACCAAACUUUCAGGCAUUUGGCCUUUGCUAAAUGAUAUGCUUGAAACUGGGGAGUUCAGUUUGAAUCAUCGAUGGGUCUACAGAGAGUUGUACUGAUGAAAGGAAAACCCUUAUAUUAUUGGC